AUGACAAGUAUUAGCAGCUUCGGUGAACAAAUGACGCAGAAUAUUCAGGAAGCAGCUCAAAGGAAAUUGGAUUUAUCUACUGUGCUGGAAGCUGACCAACAUCGAAUUUUUGCUCAGUUACAAGGUUUACGUGGAUUCGAAGAAACGCCAUUAUUCUUUUGUUUCAUGGCGUUGCUAAGUCAUUUUUCGCGAGAUAGUUAUUACUUGGCGUAUCGAACUGAAGAUAAAAAACCGAUCAAUUUGUACGUUGUUCUCGUUGGCGAUUCAGGUUCCGGUAAAACGCAACUUAUUGGUCAAAUGGAGCUAGCGAAAGACAAGGUUGAGCAAGUAUUCCAGUCGUUUUAUAUCAGAAAGAUGGAUUAUGGCGAAAUCUCAGCAUCAUCUUCGUCAGUCGUAAAAAAUGUUAAUCACCUCGGGCUGAGAAAACUUUUAGCAUUAGGCAGUUGCUGUUAUAUGAAUGAUGAAGCCGAUGUUUUCUUUGAUCCGUACGGUGUGUUCGAUGUUGGAAAUUCGAAAUAUAAUAAUGAAACGUGCCUUUUAUUACAAGCAUUCGAUGGAUUAGAGAAUGAUAAUCGUUCCACCGGAUCAACAACCACACGUAUUACCAAAGCACGCUUAUCGAUUCUAGCGGCAACAACUGGUGGAAAAUAUCAAAAACUUUUGUUUAACUGGUCAAGAUUUGCAGGGUUCGAAGGAAUACACAAUCGAAUGUCGUAUCUUGCUUUAGACGGUAUCCAAGCGAUAAGACCGCAAAACAUUCAAGCAUUCCACAAAGAAAAACAAAUGCCCACGUUGGCUCACGUACUAGUUGUUGCACAUUUAUUUGGCACAAUUGAAUAUGACUGGAGGAAAACAGAUGACGAACUAAAGCUUGAAGCUUAUGAUUCAGCACCAUUUUUACAAAAUUCAACUACGUCUGCAUUCGAUGAAACACAAGCCACGACAGCCUCAUCUGGAACACAAGUAGAAUCAAGUGCAUGGAACUUAGCUUUCAAUCUUACUUCAGAUCAUCUGCAGUGGAUGUUGGACAAUAAACGUCAACCACUUCAAAUUCGCAAUAUUUAUGCAAAAACAACAACGAUCUAUCCAAGAUAUUGUGCUCUGUUUCAGUUAUUUCGCCAUUGUGUGACAGUAUUACAGCACUUGUCAGACGAUAUUGAUUUUGAUGAAGGUUUUGAAAAAUAUGGACGUAUCAACGCUAAUUUUACCAAGAAUGCAAAAAUAAAGAUCCAUGAUCUAUUCUUAUCAUCAGCAAAACAAAGUAAAACAGAUCCCACUGUUCCCGUUCUGUUGAUUGAAAAAGAGUCGUGUGUGGCAGCAUGGCAAUAUUAUGAAUUUUUAUUUCAUAAUGCAUUAACAUUAUUCAAAAUGCCACCAUCACCGUCAUCAUCCAUCCUUUCCGGUCCUAACUUACCAACAUCGACAAAUGAGCGAAAAAUUCUUGAAUUUCAAUUUAAUCAGUUUAUGCCUGGUGCUCUAACUGGAAAAAUACCAGACACAAAUGAACCAUCACCAUUUCAUAAUGCACCACACUUGGUCGACGCAACUAUUAGUAAACUGAUUGCUGAUGGAAUAAUUGCCAAAGGUUAUUUUUUACUGGAUGCACGUUGCCGCAGACGUCAGUCAUUUAUGAAGCUACCAGUUCCAUUGGAUCCAAAACUACGUGACGAUUUUGAAACAAAACUAGCAAGAUAUCAGGUAUCUCUACGUCAAUAUGAACAAAUGUAUAAACGAUAUUCAAGUCCACAGAAUCAUACAUUGUCGUUAGAAGCUAUUGAAUAUUUUAAGACACAAGCAAGAUUCGUUAAUGAAUAUCAUAAAUAUCAUGAAUUAGAAGGUGUUAUCGAAACAUAUGUUGAGUUAGGACACAUUGUCAAGGUUGCCUGUGACAGUGAAACGUUCUAUGACGUUUCUCCAACAGCAACAGUAUUUGAAUCAGAAACGAGAUCUCCGCAAUCAAAACAAAUAACAUUGAAAACAAAAACGACAUCAUCAAUCUUGAAACAAACGUCAGUAACAGAAAUUCAACUUGAUAUAUCACCGCCAAACGAUGAUAUUACAUCACUACUACAAACCAAAUCGCCACUUCUUCCUCCAUCACCCAUCACAUUGCCUAGUACUUUCAAAGAUUCAUCGGAGAUGCGGAACGUACUACAAGUAAUUUCGUCGGAUCAAUCUCAAAACGAUUGCUUCAAUGAACCACCCUUAUAUUCAGGCAAUUUACAAGAAGAAUCUCAAAACACUUGUCGAUCAAGUAAAGAACAAAACGAAAUAAAUGAGAUAAGUUUUAUAAAUGCUGAAGUCGCUGAUAAACCUAGAGAAUCAGGCAGUACUGAUAUGGCAAGUUCAGAUAACGAAACGAAUCAACCAAUUGAUCUAGAUCCAGCGCCACGAUAUGUGUACGAACAUAUGAAGAAAGAAAACCAACUGUCACCACACACUCUGAGUGUUCAAACUGUUGAUCCAAAGUUGAAGAAAGUGGCAGCAAAGAUUAUGUCGUCACAAUCAGUUGUAUUUGCGCAAGCAGAUGUUAGUCGUAUUACGUCAAACCAUGCUGCACGAGAAGACGCAAAAAAUUUAUUACUUUUCAAUAGUUUACUUCAAACAGGUGCAUAUUUUGUGACAAGGAAUACAGGAGCAAAAACACCAAAAGUGUUUUCACACCAAGGGUAUCUUCAGGCAUUUCCAGCAACAGGAACAUCAAGCGAUAAAUUGCAUUUCAUUAAAGCACUAACAAGAUGUACUGGUCUUGAUUGGGAUGGAUACGUUGCUGUAUUCGCAAAAUAUCCAGGAAAUAAUGUUUGGUUUGGAAAUACAUCAUGGAAAAUAUCAAAAGAAUUGGAAGAUUUAUUGGAUACUGAUUAUUAUUAUUCUCAGUAUAUUAGUUAUGACAAAAGACGUUGGACGUACGGUCCACUUCAAACACCAACGUCAGUUUUACCAGCAGGACCUCUCGAUGAGUUUGAUGAACUACAUAAUAAGCGAAGCAAAAGAACACAAAGAAGAAAACAAGGAGAAUCAGUAUCGAAUUCAAGAGAAACAAAUGCUUCACGCAUUCAUGUUUCCAAUUCCCAAGUGAAUUCGCAAGCAAUACAGUUGAAAACAAAUUCAAGAUGCAAACAAAUGGAUGAGAAGUCACUACAAAUUAAUUGGCUAAUUUACAAUUUGAUGCGGUUUGUUUUUAUGUUAACAGAUCGUGAUAACUUCGAAAUUCCAAGUUCCUUACGUGCAAAGCAUGUGAAGGACGAAUAUUUCAAGAAAAACAAUGAUUUUUUCUAUGCAUUAUUUGUUGCUUUUUGGACUCGCCAUAAAUUAUUAUCAAAAUCAAAAUCAUGUUGUGAAAAUUGUACCCGGGUAUUUAUCACAGAUGGUCAUCGUAAAGCCAAUCGUUUUGUUUGUAAACAAAAAGAUGUUUGCGAUAUGUCCAUUCCAGAAAUGGGUGCUGUCGUCAUUGGAUGUCCUGAAACUCCAAAUCGUUUUACAGGCAAGAAAGAGAAUAGUAUUUUAUUUCGCCACAAUUCCUCCUAUUCCAACAUUUUAUUCAUUUUCCGUUUAUUAUCCUUCGUCUAUGUUUUAAUAGGUGAUAGAACAUUAUGCGAAUAUCAUCAACCGCAAACGAGAACCACAAGUGUUCAACUCAUAAACAAGAAAGUCGAUCAGUUUACCGAGGAAAAUUUAAAAUUGGCGAAAGAAGCGCAAGAAGAGGAAUAUCAAGUCGCAGCAAAAGAAGAAACGUGUAAUGUGUACCGCGACGAUAUUAUUGAUGAAAGAAAACUUUCAAGUUAUGGUUUUCUAGCUACUUUUUUAAACUGCUCAGUGAUUGUUGGGUUUGAUGAAUGUCCACGGAGCGAAGGCAUGCGGAGGGUUGUACGGCAUUUAUUGAGAAUAUUAGAAUAUGGCGAUUUACCACCAGCAAUGUUAUACGACUGCGCCUGCAUGCUCAAAUUAUUUAUCGACAAGUGGUACAAGACAAACCAUUUAAAGAAAUCAAGCCGAACCAAGUUUUUGCACACAAUGCAUUUAGCUAUUGAUCGUUUCCAUCAGCCAAAUCAUUUGCGCCAGAUGUGCCAGAAAGAAAUGUGUGUUGAUCAUGAUUCACACAAAGGAAUUUACAAUCAAGUCGAUUCACAAGUAGCAGAGCGGAUGUUUUCUUAUUUCACAAAUUUUAAGCAUGCUUUUCGAGCAUACAGUUAUCCAAAAUCAUUUACAUUUUUCUUAAUAUUAUUUCAUUUGAAAAACUGUAGUAUAACAAAAAUACAAUCAGAUCAACAAUUAAUCGGAUUACAAGUCAUACCACCAGAUGUAGUAACAAAGAUAAAUCAAGCAUUUAGGCAUGCUUUCUUUUCAACUCCACUUACAGGUGAAUGGUCGACGAAAACAGGCACAACUUCAGCUGUUUCUACAACAUUCUCCGGAGUGAGCGAUAUGGACGGAAAAUCUAUAGCGUCAAGUAAGGACAUUAUUGGUCGAGCUCUUAACAGUGUUGCUUUUAUUUCAGAGACAGCAAGUACUCAAUUAAAAAACCGUGCUCUACAAUGA